UCGGUCAAUUGGGGGUACUUUGAUAACAUUAAUUAUUGUAUGUGUGCGGCAGCCAGUCUGCGAAUAUACGCCUUGUAGCUAAGUCGUUGUUUGAUUACGAUUCCGAUAUUUCUCAGUGGCGACGAUCAGUAUCGAAUCACACGCGAAAAAUAGUGUUAGCUUGCUAAAAUGUCGAUCGGAAAGAUUGCGGAAUUCAAAGUGCAUAAUGACGAUUGGAGAUUAUACGUGGAACGCUUAGAACAAUAUUUCUUAGUGAACAAAAUACCGGAUAACUUACAAGUACCGACAUUGAUAACGGUGAUGGGAGCUGAAUCCUACGAACUUUUAGUUAAUUUGUGUACGCCGGAGAAGCCUAAAAGCAAAACAUUCACGCAGAUCACGGAAAUUAUGGAAAAACACCUACAACCCAAACCUAGUGAAUUGGCCGAACGUUAUAAAUUUCGACACAGAAAACAAAAAGAGGGUGAAUCUAUAUCGGAAUACACCGCGGUUUUGAAAAAAAUGUCUAAGACCUGCGAAUUCGGUUCCUCACUCGAAGAAAGUUUAAGAGAUCAGUUAGUUUGUGGCAUAACUAAUGAAAAUAUACGACAGCGGUUAUUUGCCGAAAGUAAGCUGGACUUCGGCAAGGCGUAUAAGUUAGCAGUUAGUAUGGAGGCGGCAGAGAAAGACGCGGCAGAGGUGGUUGGACAUGGAGGGUCGGCCAGCGAGACGGCGGCGGCAGCAUCAGUGACGUGUCAAGCGAUGUUGACAACGGGGGCAUCACGGCGGAGUGGCGCAGCGCCGGCUACACGCGGUGCGCGUGACGUCAGCGGAGUGGCGCGGGAGGCCGCUGCGCAGACUGCGAGGCGGCGAGCGCCGCGCGCAUCGGCAGCGCCCGCGCCCGCUCGGCUGGGUGAGCGUGCGCAGCAGCAGUGUCACGUGUGCGGUGCGAGUCACGACGCAGCCACGUGCAAGUUUGUGCGUUACGUGUGUAGGGUGUGUAAUCGACCAGGACAUCUGCGACGCGUGUGCCCGAAUUUAACAGGACACUUCAACGUAGACAUUGAUCCAAGUAAGGAUGAUCAUGGAAGUGAAAGUACGGAGAGUGACGAGGUAAUUUUUAUUGAUGUUUGUAAAUUAUCUGCUAUAGAAUGUAAACCCAUGUAUCUAGAAUUAAACGUUAGCGGUAAAAACAUUAAAAUGGAAUGUGACACCGGUAGUGCUAUCUCAUGCAUAAGCCAUGAAUGUUACAUGAGAUUAUUUAAUGAUUUAUGUCUUAAACCCUGCCAGCUAACACUUAGGUAUUAUACGGGGGAGUCAGUCAAACCACUAGGAGUUAUAACGCCAACAGUAAGGUACAAAGAUACAUGCAAGACGUUGGAAUUAUUUGUUGUGGAGAAUGGGAAAACCAUUCUUUUAGGACGGCAAUGGAUGGCCGAAUUAAAAAUAAAAUUACCUAUUGUAAAUUACGAGUGUAAUAAUGUGACUAUGUUCAGAGAUGACGUUUUCGACCUGUCUGCUUUCAGUUCCAAAUAUUGUGAGGUGUUCGCGGACGGUCUGGGCCGGUUCACCGGUGGCAAGGUGAGCGUUCACGUGCGGCCGGGCGCGCGGCCCGUGUUCAUGCGCGCGCGCCCUUUGGCAUACGCGCUGCGUGAACCGGUGGAGCGCGCGCUGACCCAGCUGCAGCUCGACGGCAUUCUCUCGCCGGUGGAGCGCUCGGACUGGGCGACUCCGAUCGUACCGGUCGUCAAGAAGGACGGUAACAUUAGGAUUUGUGCUGAUUACAAAUUAACUAUCAAUAAAGUCAUAGAAGUUGACCGAUAUCCGCUGCCUAGGGUAGAGGAGCUGCUGCUUCAGUUGAGGGGUGGUGAACAUUUUAGUAAAAUUGAUUUAUCACAGGCCUACGCACAAUUUGAACUAGAUGACACUAAGAAAUAUACCGUGAUAAAUACCCAUAAGGGUUUAUUUAUGUAUAACAGGCUAGUGUAUGGCCUAUCGUCGAGUCCGGGUAUUUUUCAAAGACGAUUAGAGCAGCUGUUUAAAGAUAUACCUCAAGUAGGUGUUUUCUUGGAUGACAUCAUAAUCACAGGGGCUUCUAAGGAAGCUCACUUGCGAAAUUUAUGCCAGGUGUUUGAUCGAUUAAAAAAGUACGGCUUGAGGGUAAAGAAAGAAAAGUGUGUAUUCUUUGCGGAGUCAGUUAGUUAUUUAGGGCACACCAUUAGUAAAAAUGGUGUUCACACGUGUCCCGAUAAGGUUAAAGCCAUAAUCAAAACACCCGCGCCUACUAAUGUCAGCGAGCUCAGAGCAUUCAUUGGAAUGGUUAUGUACUACGGCAAGUUCGUGAAGAAUGUUAGUACAGUUCUAGCACCGCUAUAUAACUUGCUUAGAGUGGGUGUUCAGUUCAGUUGGAGUAAAGAGUGUCAAGAUGCGUUUACCAAGGUUAAAAAUUUAUUAGCAAGUAGUGACGUUUUAAUGCACUAUACACCGGAGUUGCCUGUAAUUUUGACGACUGAUGCAAGCAGCGUGGGUAUAGGCGCGGUGAUAUCGCACGCGAGCGCGCACGGCGAGCGGCCGGUGGCGUACGCGUCGCGCUCGCUGACGCAAGCCGAGCGCGGUUACUCACAAAUAGACAGAGAGGCGCUCGCUAUUGUUUUUGGGAUUAGGAAAUUUCAUCAGUACUUGUAUGGGCGCAAGUUUAUAUUGCGAACGGAUCAUAAGCCUUUAACUUACAUUUUUGGAAAUAAAGCAGGGAUCCCGGUAAUGGCCGCAUCCAGACUACAACGCUGGGCGGUGUUAUUGGCAGGUUACUCCUAUGACAUUGAGUAUGUGUCAUCAAGUAAGAACUGUGCGGAUGCGUUGUCACGAUUGCCAUGUACAGAAGUUAAUAAUUUAGGAGUACGGAACGAUAACACUUAUGUUAAUUUUGUAGAAGAUUUUUUACCUAUUACCAGCAAAGAUGUUAAAGAAGCUACAGCUCGUGAUAAGGUCCUAAGUAGAAUUUUAACGUAUACCCAAUCUGGUUGGCCUACAACUUGUUCAGAUGAAUUGAUUCAACCCUAUUUUAGAAGACGUAAUGAACUAUACACGGAAUGCGGGUGCUUAAUGUGGGGUUACCGUAUGGUCGUACCACUUUCAUUACAAUAUAAAGUUUUAAAACAACUUCACAGUAGUCACAUGGGGAUAGUGAAGACAAAGAGUCUAGCUCGUAGCUACGUGUGGUGGCCUAACAUAGAUGCUGCAGUGGAGGAGAUGUGCAAGCAGUGUGAGACUUGUGCGGCGGAGGCGGACGCUCCCCACCGGGCUCCAAUACAGCCGUGGCCUUACCACACGCGUCCCUGGACGAGGCUACACGUUGAUUUUCUAGGUCCGUACAAAGGUUUAACGUUUUUCGUUUUAAUUGAUUCUUCUUCCAAGUGGAUAGAAGUUUUUGAGAUGAAAGGUACUAACGCAUCUAAGGUUAUAAAAGUAUUAAGAUCUACAUUCGCCAGAUUCGGCCUACCAGAAGAAUUAGUUUCGGAUCAAGGCCCACCAUUUACCAGUACUGAAUUUAAAAAUUUUCUUAAGAAUAAUGGUAUAAAACAGUAUUUUUCACCGGCUUACCACCCAUCCUCAAACGGGGCAGCAGAGAACGCAGUAAAGUUAUGUAAACGAGCUAUCAAGAAGGCUUUUAGAGACCAGACAGAUAUUGAUACGGCUUUACAAACUUUUCUUUUAGCUUAUCGCAAUACAGUGCACGGUACCACCGGGGAAACCCCAGCCAUGCUUUUACAGAGACGGACGUUACGGUCGAGACUAGAUCUGUUGCGUAGUGAUCGUGUCAUUGAAAACAGAGUACGAGAAGCACAGGCGCGUCAAGUAGAAUACGCGGGUGGAACUCCUCGUAAAUUUACAGAGGGGGACUCAAUUUGGGCACGGGAGUACGGCUCUGGUGAUAAAUGGGUGAAAGGCACUGUACGCGGGGUGGACAGUUUACGUAGGUAUUCAGUAGUGGCGGAUAGCGGUCAAACUUACAAAAGACACAUUGAUCAAAUGCGUCGUAGAUCCCGAUUUUCCGAUGUUACCUGUCCGGGAGGAGAUGAUGAGAGUCAGCGGGGUGAAGGGAAUGUUGUCGAGCCUUUAAGCAAGGGUUCAGAGGAAGUAACUCUGCCAGAAACAGAGACUGUAAAUACUAACCAGGGCGAACAAGAAGGUGUUCCUUCUGAACACUCCUCACCUAAACUACCAUCGCCAUCUGUGCCACCGGUGAGUCGUUAUUCCAGGCGGACACGGAAACCGGUAGAUAGAUUUAGAGUAGAAUAAGUUAGUUCAUAAGAAUGCCUAGUUAAGUUAGCCUAAGAAUACUUAGUUAAGUUAUCAACUCUUGUAAAUUAGUUAAUAAGAGAUUUAAUUCUAGAUUAGCGGUGGAGGUGUGAUGUCGGUCAAUUGUGGGUACUUUGAUAACAUUAAUUAUUGUAUGUGUGCGGCAGCCAGUCUGCGAAUAUACGCCUUGUAGCUAA